AUGGCAACGGCAAUUCCCUCGAUAGCCUGUCUUGGGGUGAUUGGCCGCAAUAACAACCCGCUCCACACGUCCAUCUUCCCCUCCUACGACCCCUCUACCAACUCCUUCCACCCCGUGCGCACGCCCCUCCAGUUCGCCCUCAUCCUCUCGAGCACGCUCGAUAUCUUUGAACUCCGUUCUCGCCAGAACGCGGCCGCCGGUGUCGGUCUGACCGGCGACUUUGGCCUCCUCCACGCCGUCGACGACCGCCUCGCCGCCUACGGUUUCGAGACAAACACGGGCACCCGCUUCGUAGCCAUUGUCGAUAUGCGCGGCCGCCGCAUCGAUGGCGCGAUUGCAGAUGCGAGAGACAGGAGAGCUGCCGGCGCGGCCACCGGCCUGAGGGAGGGCGAGAUGAGGCCCGUGUUCAAGGCCAUGCAGAUGGCUUACACAAGGCUGAUGCAGAAUCCCUUCUUUGACCCGGACGAGCAUUCGCCGCCUACGGGCCAUGGUGGCAAAAAGAUUACGAGCAGGAAGUUCACCGAGGAGAUGAGGAGAAUUGGGGAGGCCUGGACGCCAGGGGUUGGGAGUCUCUGA